GGCUCCUCCCGGCUUCCCUCCCUCCCGCUGUCCCUGUCCGUCUCUCCUCCCGCCCUCCCCCCGUGUGUCUCUGAAGCAGCCAGAGAGCUGCAGGCGCUGCUAUAGGAAGGGGAGUGAGCUCGGCUCAGGGCUGCAGCCUCCCCUCUUCUCCUUCUUUGCCUAUUUUAGUCACAUUUCCCCGCCCGGCCGGCAACUCACCCACUUCCCCGCUGCUCCCUCUCACUGACAACUAACUUUCCAGCCUCUGCACCGCCAGAUUUAAGAAAGAUGGCUACAGAAAGCAUAUUGAUUACAACGUUGCCAAUGGAUUUAAAUUCUCAGAUUAAUAAUGUUACAUUUGGUUUAAAUGAAAAUGAAACAUUAUGUGAAAACUGGAGAGAAAUACACCACUUAGUCUUCCAUUUGGCAAACACGUGCUUUGCUGCAGGACUGGUUAUUCCAAGCACUCUGAAUCUUCACAUGAUCCUUCUUCGUGGCAUGCUAUGUCUAGGUUGCAUUUUUUUCAUCAUUUGGGCGAUUCUCUUCCGAUGUGCUUUGGACAUAAUGAUAUGGAAUGCUACCUUCCUUAGUAUGAACUUUAUGCACUUUAUAUACCUUGUGUAUAAAAAAAGACCAAUCAAAAUUGAAAAGGAUUUGAAGGGUAUCUAUCACAGAAUGUUUGAACCACUCCAUGUAUCUCCAGAGCUAUUCAAUCGACUUACUGGGCAGUUCUGUGAAAUAAAGACCUUAGCAAAAGGCCAGACAUACGCAAUAGAAGAUAAAACCUCUGUUGAUGAUCGUUUAAGUAUAUUACUUAAGGGCAUAAUGAAGGUGUCUUAUCGAGGCCAUUUUCUGCACGCUAUUUCUCCUAAUGCUUACAUCGAUUCUCCUGAAUUUCGAUCAACAGAAAUGAACCGUGGGGAGACAUUUCAGGUUACUAUCACUGCGGAUGACAACUGUGUGUUUUUAUGCUGGUCUCGAGAAAGGCUAACAUAUUUUUUAGAAUCUGAACCUUUCCUUUAUGAAAUCUUUAAAUAUUUGAUUGGUAAAGACAUUACAACCAAACUCUACUCUCUCAAUGAUCCUACACUAGGAAAGAAGAAAAAACUAGACACGCAGCCUAGUCUCUGCUCCCAGCUGUCUGUAAUGGAGAUGAGAAACAGUUUGGCUAGCACAAGUGAUAAUGAAGAUGGCCUGCAAACCUUUCUGAGAGGAACUUCUACUACCUCAUCACAGCGUUAUUCUCCCUCAAUGAGAGCGUCGGCAAAGAUGAAACCUAUUGAGGAAGAUGCAGAGGAUGAGGUCUUCAAGCCAGCAUAUUAACCAGAAAUCUACAUUUUUAUAAUCACAGAGUCCACAAAACGGUUAUAUCCAACAGAACAAUGGCUGAUUUCAGAAAGCACUACAAUAGCUCCUUAGUUUCUUUUUAUUUUAAAAAUGCUUAAAAAAAUGUGUUCCCAGGCAGUAUACAAUAUUGUUUUGGUAUGCACAAUAGAAAUAGUACACCAAAGCCUCAUUUAUUUUACACCUUUUGUUUUUCUUCACAGGGAUACCUUUUGAAAUAUAUCACAAGCCUUAAAUGACCAUCAUAUUGUCCUUAAAGCACAUAUAGAUAUUUUGGGACAGUAAUUUAGAUGGAGCCAAAAAGUUUCACAUGUAAUAAUGAAUGCAGUGUUUUUAUUUUGUAUUUAUUUAUAUAAACUAUGGUAGUUGAUUCAUGGG